AUGAGCGCCGUUAUAACAAUUCCCUCAUUUAAUGCAACAAGAUUAGCAGCUUCGUCUCGGUUACAACAGGAGUACUUUUAUAACACAAUGGCGCACGGAUAUCCCCCAAAUAGAGAUUACCUUUGGAAUAUUUUUAGAAGCGUAGAUAAAGAUGGGAGUGGUUUUAUAACAGCUGAUGAACUUCAACAAGCUCUCUCUAAUGGUACAUGGAGUCCAUUCAAUCCAGAAACAGUUCGACUGAUGAUAGGAAUGUUCGAUAAGCAGAACAGGGGGUCCAUAUCGUUUGAAGACUUCGGAAUCCUUUGGAAAUAUGUGAGCGACUGGCAGUCCUGCUUCAGAUCGUUCGAUAAUGAUAAUUCUGGUAACAUCAACGAGAUGGAAUUAAAAAACGCUUUGAGUUCAUUCGGCUAUCGGGUGACGGACGAGGUCGUUAGCAUUAUGAUCCGGAAGUUCGAUAGAUUUGGACGAGGCACCAUUCUCUUCGAUGAUUUCAUACAAUGCUGUGUCACACUCAAUAGUUUAACAGCAGCAUUCAGGCAGUACGACACAGACGGUGAUGGAGUGAUUACGAUACAUUACGAACAAUUUCUUAAAAUGGUCAUAAGUUUGAGGAUGUAA